AAUCAAAUAGUGCCUAUUUUUUUUCAUAUUCAUUGUCAUUUCAUCAAUAAAUAGAGUCAUCGUUAUCAUCAUCAUCAUUCAUAAUGAAUAUUUUUCGUUUAACCGGCGAUCUAGCACAUUUGACCGCCAUUAUAAUAUUAUUGUUAAAAAUAUGGAAAACACGUUCAUGUUCAGGCAUAUCUGGUAAAAGUCAGAUACUAUUUACAGUGGUCUACAUAACACGUUAUCUUGAUUUGUUUACCAAUUAUAUUUCCGCUUAUAAUACAUUGAUGAAGAUUAUAUUUGUUGUUUCAUCAUUGGCAACAGUUUUUUUGAUAUAUUUUAAAUUUAAAGCCACAUAUGAUCGAAAUCAUGAUACAUUUCGUAUGGAAUUUUUAAUUAUUCCAUCCAUUAUAUUAGCAUUAUUGAUACGGCAUGAAUUUACUGUCAUGGAGGUAUUAUGGACAUUUUCAAUCUAUUUGGAAGCUGUAGCCAUAUUACCACAGCUAUUUUUGGUAUCAAAAACAGGCGAAGCUGAAACAAUUACAUCACAUUAUCUGUUUGCAUUGGGUUCAUAUCGUGGUCUUUAUCUAUUGAAUUGGAUUUGGCGUUAUUAUUUUGAAAAUUUUCUCGAUUGGAUAUCGAUUGUUGCCGGUUUUGUUCAGACUGUAUUGUAUUGUGACUUUUUCUAUUUAUAUGUCACACGUGUUUUACAUGGUCGUAAAUUAAGGCUUCCGGCAUAGAAAAAAUUAACUUUUAACAUCAUCAUCAUCAUCAAACAAACAAACAAAAAAAACCACCAUCACCACCACCACCAAUAACCAAAUUCAACCCGAAUUCAGCCAACACUUGAAACAAAAAACAA